UUUCUUCAAGAUGCUCCCUAAAGAGAAAGUCAAACUCAGACCAAACUAAACAAAUUUAAAAAGGAAGGGGCUUUGGUAGCUUGACUGCUUCUUGACCCAAUCAAGUGAUGCCACGUGUAAAGACAAACGGUAACCCCCCUUCUCAGCAACUAAUCCACUUUUUAAAAAACAUUUCCAUCCCUCCCUCAAACUGUAACCUCUGUUUUCUUAACCGCUUCACCCACAUUGAAAGCAAAGACAUACAUUUGUUCAUCUCUCUCUCUCUCUCUCUCUCUCUCUCUCUCUCUCUCUCCAAUGAGGUUAGCGAGUGAAGAAUCAGAUCCCAAAUCCCAGUUAGUGACAGAGACUUGCAACAUAUCGAGGCGUGCCAUUGCUUGUGCUCAUCGGCAUGGUGGCAACCGAAGCAGAUCGCCUUUCCUUGACUGGUACCUAAUUCUUCGAGUUGAAGAGAAUGCAGGCUCGGAUGUGAUUAGAAAGCAAUACCACAAACUUGCUUUACAAAUUCAUCCUGAUAAGAACAAGCAUCCGAAGGCCGAAGUUGCCUUCAAGCUUCUGUCAGAGGCCUAUGAAUGCCUUUCUCAAGACGCAAAAAGAGCAGAAUUUAACCUGGAGAGACGAAGUAGCCGCUGCAUUGAGUGCAAUAGAACUCCAUAUGCAACCAGCAAUCAUCCGGCAACAACCAGAGGGUUUCUUCCUAGUGAAAGAUCAGGUCAAAAAACCAGGCAAGGCUUCAAAGAUCUGAGAACAAGAUUUUCAGAAGAGAUCCAGGUGAUAGAAAAUUGUUUAAGGGCUAACAAAGCAUCAACAAAAGAAUUCCCGAUUUUCAACACAAGAAAAGAGCACCCCAUUUUCAAUCCAUCUGAUUACCGCUCGCAAGGUUACCCUCACCAGCGGACAGAGGGGUUCACAAGAAGCGCGAGAGCUUUCACUACUUGAGGGCAGAGGCAUUACCAAAUGGCACGCUUAGGAAACUUGACUCCCCGGUCAUUGAACUUAGAUCCCCGCCUCGAUCACUGAAGUCCAAAUCUUCUUAUCUCAGUUAGUCUAGAGCAACGAAUUCCAUAUAGUAGAUUGAUGUACAUGUCAUUUCUUGUACAACAUUCCAGCAUUUGGCAUCGUACUAUUAUGAUGCAUUACACACAAAUUAUACAAUAAAAGGAUCAGGAUUUCAGGAAA